GCUUUCCCCCUUGUAUAUGGAAUUUUGAUCUCUGUUUGGUGGUUAUCAUCAGUUUCUGGACAGCAGAUUGUGGGUGUUUGUUUGGUGUGAGCAGAACAGGGGGCCGGGUCACAUAGCAAUGGCAUUCUGGAACUUGUUCGUGGUGGCACUGAUGCCAGUGUUGGAGACACUCUUGGUUACUCUCCUUGGUGCAUUGAUGGCUACUGAACGUUUCAACUUCCUGCGAGGAGUUGAAGCCAAGAAUUGUUUGAACAGUCUUGUGUUUUAUGUGUUCACUCCGGCGCUGCUCAUUGCCGAAUUGGCCAAAACAAUCACUUUUGACCAAUUAGUUGAAAUGUGGUUUAUGGUGGUGAAUAUCUUGUUAACAUUCAUAGUUGGCUCUGUUUUGGGUUGGAUGCUUAACAAAAUGGCUAGAACCCCUAAACACCUUCGAGGCCUUGUUAGUGGUUGCUGUGCUGCUGGGAAUUUGGGGAAUUUGCCUAUUAUUAUUGUCCCAGCAGUUUGUAAAGAGAGCGACAGUCCAUUUGGAGAUACAUCCACCUGCUCAACUUAUGGGGAAGCUUACGCAUCCAUUUCUAUGGGAGUAUCUUCACUUUUGACGUUCUCAUAUUUGUAUAUCCUCAUGGAGUCAAGUGUGGAUAGGGACACUCAAAAUAUGAAUACGAUUGAUGCCACAACCAGCACUACACAUUUUACUACAACACCAGAAAUAUUUCCGGCAAAUGUCAAGGAACCAUUGCUUCCUUCAACAAACUUUUCGAGCACAGACAAUCUUUCAAUUCAACAUGAGUCACCACAUGAUAAAAAUGAGAGCAAGGUGUCAAUUUUGAAUCAUAUUACAUGGCCCAUUACAAAAUGUUUUGGAUAUGUGAAGAUGGAGAAACUGUUUACACCAAUAACAAUUGCAGGGAUUAUUGGAUUUACCAUUGGAGCAGUCACCCCGAUGCAAAAUCUCAUGGUUGGUGAUAGUGCCCCUCUUCGUGUCAUCAUCAAUUCUGCAUCUUUAGUGGGGGAGGGCGCAAUUGUAUCUAUGACUUUGAUUGUGGGAGCCAAUCUUCUUGAUGGUUUAAAAAAGUCAGGAAUAAGCGUUUCCCUUAUUAUGGGAAUUAUGGGAGUGCGGUUCAUAAUAUCACCUAUACUGGGUAUUUUGAUUGUUAAGGUUGCGCAUUAUUGGGGAUUUGUCGGGUCGUAUUCAUUGUAUCAAUUUGUUCUUAUGCUUCAAUAUGCAUUGCCACCUGCAACAGCUAUAGGGACGAUUGCUCAGUUGCUUGGAAUUGUUGAGAGUGAAUGCUCUUUUAUCAUGAUAUGGACAUACACUGCUGCUACAUUUAGCCUCACCCUUUGGUGUACCUUGUUCAUGUGGAUGCUGGAGUGACGUUUACGCUAAAAUAUAUCGGCUCCCUCUUCCCAAAUGCAAAAUAUAAUAUAUGACCAGUUUUUUUUUUGGAGAAUGAGUAAACAUUAUUGUAAUGGUUUCAUAACAAUUUGAAGCAUAUGUUCAAUUGUGGUUGCUUUUUAGCUUUUGAGGAGAGAUGUCUAUCCAUUAUUUUUUAUUUUUUUUGUUUUUUCUCCCCUUAUGAUGCAGUUUUAAUGUUUCUAUCUUUAGAUCGCUAUAUUAUUUUUUUCUAAAAAAGAUAAAGUUAUAGUUAAUAUUGACAUAUUUUUCGGUUGGCAAGGCAAGGUUACAGAGAUAGAACGCUAACACUUCAGUUGUUGGUCAAUCCUUCUCAAGAUCUUCAAGUGAUGUUGCUCCAAGAUUCCUUAGGAGCUCCUUAGUUUUGUUUUUGUUUUUGCAC